GCAUGCUCGCGAAAAACGAGGAGGGGAGUUAGGAACCUUGACAUACAACCAAUGAUACCAUUUUUUUUCAAGCAGCUAGAGGUACAGAGGUUCAUAUUUUUUAGAUGGCUCAUUAGUGAUAUUUUAGUCAAAAAUUUCAGAAGUACGGCCACGGGUGAUGGCCUGAACUAAUAUUUUAUUCGAGGUGCCGCUACAUCAUCGUCUAAAGUACACGCAAGAUUCAACGGAAAAAAGAAACCGAUCGAUCGAGAUCAGUUAGUUAAUGAAAUAACUAGAUCAACUCAUGUCGUCAAAAACAAAAGAUGCUCAUCUAUGGACAACACACGCUGAUGAUUCGAUCAUCAAACAAAGGUGGUAGUAGUAGUAAAGCGUAUCGUGUUUCUCAUCAGAAAGAAGAAUUAAAGAAAAAACUAAUCCCCUCUCGCGAGCCAGAGAAAAUUCCCUACAAAAGCCACUCCUUUGAUUUGACAUGCAAAAGCAAGGCUCCACUCCUCUACUACCCUACAACUACACAACACUGUCUCUCUAUCUCCAAAGGCAGUAGCUGUAUUGGCUUCCAGCUUUUCCUCUCUACCUCUAAUGAUAGCUUGGAGCAAGUUCAAUAGUAUAGCUAACUACUAGCUCUAAUUCAUCUAUAAUCAAUCUAAUAGCUUAUUCAUACAAUAGUUAUAUACUACAUUAUUAAUAUCUGGUCCCAUCUAUCAUACACACUGAGUCUGUGCUAUAGCUGACUACAAAUCUGUAGCCCGCUGCUCUUCUCUCUUCAUUUAUCUUCUUAAAAUAUAUUUGCAGCUGGCUUAUGGCUUAUAGCUUGAUAUUGAGAGGGAGAGGAGUGAGAGCUAGCUCAGCUCAGCUCAAGGUAAACAACAAGGCACACUCUUCCUACCUCUUCUCCGGUUCUUCCUUUUUCCUCUUUCUCUUCGUCCAAGAACUUCACCUCAAUAGCUCGAGCUACGGCCUAACUUUUGCGUUGCGCAGGAGAGCUCGAUCGCUGCACCAAUACUUCACUGGAGAUCGCCUAGCUGCAGCUAGCUAGCUUAUCCUGCGUGUCUUGAGCUUCUCUCAUGGAGGAGAUCUCCCACCACUUCGGGGUCGUCGGAGCCAGCGGCGUCCAUGGCGGCCACCAGCAUCAGCAUCACCACCACCCGUGGGGUUCUUCCCUGAGCGCCAUCGUCGCGCCGCCGCCGCCGCCGCAGCUGCAGCAGCAGCAGACGCAGGCCGGCGGCAUGGCGCACACGCCGCUCACGCUGAACACGGCGGCGGCGGCGGUCGGCAACCCGGUGCUGCAGCUGGCGAACGGCAGCCUGCUCGACGCGUGCGGCAAGGCGAAGGAGGCGUCGGCGUCGGCGUCGUACGCCGCCGACGUGGAGGCCAUCAAGGCCAAGAUCAUCUCCCACCCCCACUACUCCUCCCUCCUCGCCGCCUACCUCGACUGCCAGAAGGUUGGGGCGCCGCCGGAGGUGGCGGCGAGGCUGACGGCGGUGGCGCAGGACCUGGAGCUUCGCCAGCGCACGGCGCUCGGCGUCCUCGGCGCCGCCACGGAGCCGGAGCUGGACCAGUUCAUGGAGGCGUACCACGAGAUGCUGGUGAAGUACAGGGAGGAGCUGACGAGGCCGCUGCAGGAGGCCAUGGAGUUCUUGAGGAGGGUGGAGACGCAGCUCAACACGCUCUCCAUCUCCGGCAGAUCGCUUCGCAAUAUCCUUUCCUCCGGCUCUUCUGAGGAGGACCAAGAAGGUAGCGGAGGAGAGACAGAGCUACCUGAGAUUGAUGCACAUGGUGUGGAUCAGGAGCUCAAGCACCAUUUGCUGAAGAAGUACAGUGGAUACCUGAGCUCCCUGAAGCAAGAACUGUCAAAGAAGAAGAAAAAAGGGAAGCUCCCCAAGGAUGCUCGUCAACAGCUCCUCAACUGGUGGGAGCUGCACUACAAAUGGCCUUACCCCUCGGAGAGUCAGAAGGUGGCACUGGCGGAGUCGACGGGGCUGGACCUGAAGCAGAUCAACAACUGGUUCAUCAACCAGAGGAAGCGGCACUGGAAGCCCUCCGACGAGAUGCAGUUCGUGAUGAUGGACGGCUACCACCCGACCAACGCCGCCGCCUUCUACAUGGACGGCCACUUCAUCAACGACGGCGGCCUCUACAGGCUCGGCUAGCUAGCUAGCCUACUCCUUAUCCCCAGCUACCAUGACCUAGAUCGAUCUCGACCCCAAAUCAAUGGUCGCUAAGCUACUGAAAAGUUUGUGAUGAGAAUUGAAGAACCUAGGUUAGUCUUCCUGGUAAUUUGAUGCUCGCGCGUACGCACGCCAUGGAUGGCUGCGUGCUUAUUUUGUUUCUUGCCGCAAUAUGUAAUGCAAUUGCCUUAGCUAAUGCAUCAACUCGGGUCGGUUUUAGCUGCUGCUGCUGCGCCACAAUGAGGUGGUUGUGGUUAUGCUUUUGUGUGGUUUAAUACGCCAAGACGUACACAUUGCUUCGAAAUGUCGCUACUCUUGCUGCUGCUAAUUAAGUGCGUGUUUGAAUAAUUCGGAUCUAUAUACUACCUGGUUAAUUCCUAUCUUCUGAUUA